GCAUCUCUUGAUUUUAAUUUAACCUCUCAUUUAGCUUCAAACUCCAAUUUUUUUUUUUUUUCAAUUUAUGUUGCUCCGAUCAGCAAUAAAGUCUUUAAUUCAGCGGAAAUAAAUCGGCGGCGGUGAAAAUGGCCGGAGCUAGCGGAAGAUCGCUGGAGCAAACGCCGACGUGGGCCGUCGCCGUCGUGUGCUUCGCCUUGGUCGCCGUUUCCAUCGUGAUCGAGCACAUCAUCCACUUAAUAGGAAAGUGGUUGAAGUCGAAGAACAAAAGAGCUCUGUUUGAAUCACUUGAAAAAAUCAAGUCUGAGUUGAUGCUGCUGGGGUUUAUAUCGCUGCUGCUAACGGUAGGGCAGAGCCCAAUAUCGAAUAUAUGUAUAUCGAAGUCCGCGGGUGCCACGUGGCACCCAUGCAGCAAGAGCGAGGAGGCGAAGAAGGACGCGCCGCCGGCGGCGGCGGAGGACGACGGCGAGGAUAGGCGCCGGAGGCUUCUCUGGCUGGAAGGCGGCGCUAGGCGGAUCUUGGCCGGCGGCGGCACCGACAAAUGCGCGGACAAGGGGAAAGUUCCGUUUGUGUCGUCGGAUGGGAUACACCAGCUGCAUAUUUUCAUCUUCGUUUUGGCCGUUUUUCACGUGCUUUAUUGUAUUCUCACCAUGGCAUUGGGAAGAGCUAAGAUGAGAAGUUGGAAAGCGUGGGAAAAGGAAACAACAACUGAGGAGUACCAAUUUGCGCACGAUCCGGAGAGAUAUAGGUUUGCAAGGGAGACAUCAUUUGGGAGGAGGCACUUGAGCUUUUGGACCAAAACUCCUAUUCUAAUAUGGAUUGUUAGUUUCUUCCGACAAUUUGUAAGAUCUGUUCCAAAAGUGGAUUACUUGACUCUUCGGCAUGGAUUUAUCACGGCACACCUUGCACCCCAAAGCCAUGGCCAAUUUGAUUUUCAGAAGUAUAUCAAUAGAUCACUUGAAGAGGACUUCAAAGUGGUUGUCGGAAUUAGUCCACCAAUUUGGUUUCUCGCUGUGUUAUUCUUGCUCUUCAAUACUCAUGGCUGGUAUUCCUACCUUUGGCUGCCAUUCAUUCCCUUAAUUGUAAUAUUGCUGGUAGGGACAAAGCUACAAGUGAUAAUUACGAAAAUGGGUUUGAGAAUUCAAGAAAGGGGCGAAGUAGUAAAAGGCGUUCCUGUGGUUCAACCGGGCGACGACCUUUUCUGGUUUAAUCGCCCACGACUUGUACUCUACCUUAUCAAUUUUGUACUUUUUCAGAAUGCGUUUCAACUCGCCUUCUUUGCAUGGAGUUGGUAUGAAUUCGGUUUGAAAUCGUGCUUUCAUGAGCAUGUGGAGGAUAUCGUGAUCAGGAUCUCAAUGGGGAUUCUCAUACAAAUACUUUGCAGCUACGUCACUCUCCCACUUUAUGCCCUCGUUACUCAGAUGGGAUCAAGCAUGAAACCAACCAUCUUCAACGAGAGGGUGGCGACGGCGCUAAGAAACUGGCACCACACGGCCAAGAAACACAUAAAACAAAGCCGGCACUCGACGCCGAUGUCGAGCCGCCCCGCCACGCCGUCGCACCACACGUCGCCCAUCCACCUCCUCCGCCACUACCGCUCCGAGAUGGACAGCGUCCACACCUCCCCCAGGAGGUCCAACUACGACGCCGACAACUGGGACACCGAGUCGCCGUCGCCCAGCCGCUUCCACGGCGGCGUCGAGCUCUCCCAUAUGGACAGAGAGGUGGCGCUGGCCGACUCGCCGCCGCAGCAUGAGAUCACCGUUGGAGGGUCUAAGGACUUCUCCUUUGAUAAGAGAGACACACUAAAUAAUUGAUCACACAUAUAUAUAAUUGUAGGAUUGUAUAAUUUGUAUUUGUAAACUUGUAAUUACCAUUUUUCGGAAAAAUAUUUGGGGAAGUGGAGAUAUGGGCUCUCAUCGCAGGAAUAUUUGAGUUAGAGAAUAAUUUUUUUCCUUGGCUGGCCUUCUUUUCUCCCGAUAGAUUUAAUUGAAUUAUAUAUUGGAGAUCAGUGUAAAUAAACAAAUAUUUUCUUUAUUGUCUCUUGUAUAACAUAUACUAAACAUUUUUUAUUUAAUAAAAUGGUACUUUUAUUUAUUA